ACACAUAUUGGUGGUGGUGAACAAGUCCAUCGCAUCUUUAUAUAGGGUUUUGGAUCUCUAUCUUCUGCUAACAAGCCAUCUUCUUUAAAUUCAAUCAAUCGUAUCAUCCAGAAUCACUCAGCUUUUCCUAUGGCUUCAAAUUUGCCCAAGGAUCUUACUGCCGAUAAAAAAUCAGGUUCAACAGAGAAUAAAAGUACCAAAUCUGAAACAUCCUCUGGUGAGGUCCAGUCAGGACAAAGAAGAGCAGCCUCUCCACCGGGAGCUGGGAUUCCUGCCAAUCCUUUUGAUUUAUCUGAGACAUCCUCUGGGGACGUCCAGUCAGGACAAAGAAGAGCGACCUCUCCACCAGAAGCUGGGAUUCCUCCCAAUCCUUUUGAUUUCUCAGCCAUGACUGGCCUGCUUAAUGAUCCAAGCAUUAAGGAUCUAGCUGAACAGAUAGCAAGAGAUCCCUCAUUCAACCAGAUGGCAGAGCAGCUCCAGAAGACUUUUCAGGGUGCAUCCCUUGAAGAAGGCAUCCCGCAGUUUGAUACUCAACAAUAUUACAACACCAUGCAACAGGUUAUGCAGAAUCCCCAAUUUAUGACCAUGGCUGAGCGGCUUGGUAAUGCUUUAAUGCAGGAUCCAUCAAUGUCUCAUGUGCUUGAAAGCUUUACAAAUCCAUCAAACAAAGACCAGCUUGAGGAGCGAAUGGCACGCAUCAAGGAAGAUCCAUCUCUGAAGCCUAUUUUAGAAGAGAUAGAGAAUGGCGGUCCAGCUGCCAUGAUGAGGUACUGGAAUGAUAAAGAGGUUCUGCAGAAGUUGGGUGAAGCAAUGGGUGUUGCAGUUUCAGGAGAUGCUGCUACUUCUGCUGAAAAUUCUGUGCCAGAUGAAGCUGAAGAUUUGGGUAAUGAGGAUGAGUCAAUUGUUCAUCAAACUGCUAGUGUUGGUGAUGUAGAGGGUUUGAAAAAUGCACUAACCUCUGGUGCUGAUAAAGAUGAAGAAGAUUCAGAGGGAAGGACAGCAUUGCAUUUUGCAUGCGGAUAUGGUGAGGUGAAGUGUGCUCAGGUCCUACUUGAGGCUGGAGCAACGGUGGAUGCUUUGGACAAGAAUAAAAAUACUGCACUUCAUUAUGCAGCUGGUUAUGGAAGGAAGGAGUGCGUUGCACUGCUGCUGGAUAAUGGUGCAGCUGUGACUCUCCAGAACUUAGAUGGAAAGACUCCCAUUGAUGUCGCCAAGCUAAACAACCAACACGAGGUGCUGAAGCUGCUUGAGAAGGAUGCAUUUCUGUAACUUAUGUAGGCAUGGUGGCAUACAUAUGUUCUGAUUCUUGCAUGUCAUAGGCCUUUUAUUGUGCGUUAGACCAAUUUGCUUUGAUCGGCAUGAGGAUGUAGUCACCACAACUUGAUGCAUUGUCUAUACUAUAUUUACUCUGAUUGCCACAUUGCAUGAAUUUCUUAGUAACAUAAACGACCUUCCAUGGCGUAGCCCUAUAUGUGGGAUUUAACA